AUUCGUUCUCUAUAAAUGCACAGCCCGCACACGAAGCUGUCUCAUAUCUAUCAACAACCCCCUCCUCCUCCUCCUCCUCUCACGUUCAGAAAGCUGCACAACCUUUCUCUUCCUUAGCGUUGAACCCUGAACUGAAGCCGUCCGACCGACUCGUCUCGCGUUGCGCCUCGACUUUAAUCUAAUAGGGCUCCUUCUUCUUCUUCUCCUCGAGAACAGAUCGUCAAAUGGCUGUCGCCGGACAACGUGUUUCAGAGGCCGCGUCGAGCUUUGGAUGCGGCGGAGAUGCUCCUUCCAAGCAGAAGGUGAAUCUUCCCUCGGAGAACGGGAUCGUUGAUGAUGCCGGUGUUGAUGGGUGCUUCGACUGCAACAUAUGCUUCGAUUCGGCGACCGAUCCGGUGGUCACCCUUUGUGGCCACCUGUACUGUUGGCCGUGCUUAUAUAGAUGGUUCGAUGUACGAAGCUCAUCUGAUGAACUGGGUCAGCAGCAUCAGACUUGCCCAAUUUGCAAGGCCGGCAUCUCGCCCUCCACGCUGGUACCACUAUACGGCCGGGGAUCUUCUUCUUCUUCUUCUGAACGUGACUCCAAGAAACCUGAUUCAGACAUUGCCAUCCCUCGUAGGCCGUCUCCCGGUGCACUGAGUCUGAACUCUAGCAACGGUUAUUCUUCGGGUGGACAACGGUGCUUGAACCCUGUCCUUUCGCAUUCACAGUUACCUCAGGAGCAGCAGCUAAUUGCUAGUUUCAGCUCGAACGCUGGCAUGUUUGGUGAGAUGGUCUAUGCUCGGAUGUUUGGAUGCUCCGACAUGAGUCUCAGCAACUACCCUUAUGCAUACUCCCAUCCUGAAGUUGCAAACGUUGGUCGUAGAAUAAGAAGGCGAGAAAUGAAGCUAGACCGGUCCCUCAACCGAUUAUCAGUCUUUCUCUUCUGUUGUAUGAUGCUCUGUCUACUUCUGUUCUAAAUAGCUUCCAUCGCAUUGUUUUGGAGCUACUAAUUUUUGGUUAGAUGUAAAUUAGUUCUGGUGUGAAGGCCAGAAGGGCAUACGUGUAGGCGGACAUUGUUUGAUUUGUAUAUAUAGCUAAAGUGAUAAGCAUGAUUUUUCCUUUUCAAUCUUAA